GCGGAACUGGUUCGAACUGGUGUCUCUCGAGCGCCUUCAAGGUCUGCGUCAAGGCGUUCUCCACGGUGAUUUCUCCCCCCUCCCUUGUGGAUAACAAUUCGAUACAAUUGCUCGGAACUGAAUCGAACUGGACAUUGAAGACUAACGAUUGCGAAUUCGGGGUUACAACUCGUUACAGUCGCUCGAGCUCGCCUCGUCGCCCAAUCGCUCGCGUCCCAAGCUGAAAUCAAUCUCCAACACUCAUGCCCGGCACAGCGAAGGAUUUGCGCCGAAAGGAAGUGAAAUCGAAACGCAUGGAUAAAACAUGGGCUGAAAUCGAGUUUGCAAAGUCCGCUCUGCAUAUGAACGUCCGUGUCGUAAAAUAUUCGUCCGACAAUUUCCGAGCGGUGGGUUUCAACACGCAUAUUUCUUCCUCCGAGCAGCGUCGGUAGUAGCGGCAACGGUCGCGCAAUCAAGAUGUAUCGGUGUCAUCCGGGUAAUCCGGAGAAAAACUCAGCCUCGCGCUGUCAUAAGGUCGACGCGAAUCCCCCUCGCGCGUGUAUGUCCCAGUGAAAGUAUGCGUCCGCCUACCCCACCCUGAGGCUCAGCGCGGAACUCGUGCACGCCGCGUGUCCGAGGAAGAAGGGGUCCUUCCCAUCACGCAUACGUAUACCCACGUUGCUAGGUAGAGACUCGCGGCGUCAGCCGUAGGACCGAAUCGCGCCAGUGUCUGGACCCAACGUGGACACUUUCGAGUCACGUCGGCCAAAAGCGGCGAGACGUUGACACGUGGUGAUCGAGCGCGCGCUGGCAGUCCGUCGUAGUCGCGCCCGCACAGCGGAGUCGUCGUCGUCGUCAUCGUCGUCGUCGUCGUGGUAACACCGGACACCCGGCCACCCGGAGGAGAACACGAAGAACCGAAGGACCCGGGCAGCCAUUGAGAUCCCGUGCCGAGAUCCUCCUGGCUUCCUCGGCUGGCGCGACCGAGUCGAUGCGGACGGGAAUCGGAUCGCUCAGCGAUCGGAGCGGAGUUACACCGGCUGCCGUUUCUUACGGAACUCGGAGGGAGGGUGUCGGCUCUCCCGCUCAUCCCUCGCCUUCACCGUCCUCGCGUGGUCUUCAAGGGUGGUGGCGGCGGUCUCGCUACUCGGCUCCCGCGAGAUCGUUCCUCGGGCCUGCUGAUAUCGCGAUCGGGACGAUCGGCCGGCACGCGAUGCCAAUUAAGUGACUUUGCGGUCUCCUUCCUGCCGAGACACCUGCCGCAAGAGAAAGAGGGAGAGAGAGAGAGAGAGAGAGAGAGAAAGGCAGGUAGAGAAAAGGUCCCGUCGCACGCAGGGCUGGUGAAUCAAAUAACGAUCGAUCGGAAAUGGCGAUCGCGUGGCACCUAAUGACAAUCUUGUUCCCGAUGGUCAUCCGGGGCGAGCCCUGCACGGAGUACGGGUGUCCAGGACGGCCGCCGUACGAGCCCUUCGUCCCUGCGCCCCCGGGACACACCCCCAACUGCGCGGCACCGGGGCAGACUUUCUGCGAGUCUCCGGACCAUUAUCCACGCCGGCUCAUCAAGUUUCUCGUGGACAAAUGCAGCUACGACUUUAGCAGCGCGUUGCGGGACGAGUCCCGCGACGACUUCAACUCGUACAGUUCUCCUCCGGAUUACAAUCAGGGCUAUGAUUACCCACGACAAGACGGCACUCGGUUGUUCCAGCCGACCGGACAGCCAGCCCCGAUAUACGGACCCCCGGCCAACAGUAGCUACAAUCACGGCUACAAAUACUCCGCGCCGUCGCCGCCGCAGUCACAGAGGAACCCGUUGCUGCCGGACGUGGCGUUCAAGUACCACCGCAAUAUCCAACGACAGGCCGAGCACACUUAUUCGCAGGAGGCGUUCGGCCCGAAUCAAUCGUGGUUGACGAAUAGGUACUCGCGGAGCGACAAGAUGGCGCCUCGAACUUACCGCGUGAAUCCGCUGUUGAGCUACGCGAAAUCAAAGUCGAGCGACCGCGUGAAGAGGCAGUCGAAUGCAGACACUGUCGUGCUGUGCCCCACACAGGCGCAGUAUAUCGUGCCUAGAGCGGCCCUAAACAAUCAAGGCAACUGGAUGUACAUUGUCAAUCUCUCAGACCAGGAUAACAAGUACACGCAGCUCGUCAAGAGCGAGAAAUGCUUGAACGACGAAUGCAACGGCAUAUGUUCCCUUCCUAUGGGCUACCGCAGCAGGUGUCAACAGCAGUUCGUGCAGAAGAGGCUGGUCGCGCUCGAGGGCAGCGGCAAUCGCCUGUAUACGGACGUAUUCUGGUUCCCGCACAGUUGCACGUGCGAGAUCGCGCCGAAUUAUUGAGCGACCGGAGAGGAUCGGGAGUAUCACGGGCGAAGUGCGUCGAGAUCGCGCGCUCGCUCCCAAGGGUAAACCACUAGACGCACUUGCGGCCAAUUAAUCGAAGCGUUUUCCCCGCGCGAUCAGGACGCGACGCGCGCGUCGCGUCCCUGCGUACCGAUAAUGUAGCGUUCUGUGAGCGGGACGUACCCUCGCGAGAAUUGCGCGCGCGCGCGACGAGGCGCGACGAGGCGCGGCUCGCGUGCGCUUUACCAGCGGUGUGUUAAAAGGCGGACACGAGCGCGCGUUAUCAACGUAGCUGCCGUAGUGUGCGUCGCGCGAAAUAUAUCGUCCAUCGCGGCGUCCCGGCGUAAAUCCGCUCUCGUUACGGACGAUAUCGAAGCUGCGAGACGCGCCGGCACGGCUCGAACGUUUCCGUCGACGAUAAACCGCCGCCGUCGGCGAGAUGAUCCUCCGGCGGGAGAGGAAGAGCGAGAAAGAGAGGGAGCACAGCCGUAUCUCGCUUCCGCUCGCGUAUAGCGGCCCGUUCGUCGUUAAAUACGGCGCACGGAGAGCGGAGAGCCUUUUUACCUUAUUGAGCGGAGAGGAGAGCAGAAGCGCGCCCCCGAGGAUCGCCUGGAUCGUCGAUUGCGAGAACGAUUGCGCGCGAUUGCGGCUUCGCCUUGAUAUCGCAGAUUGUCAGUUUCCAGUCCGUUUCUUUUUGAUUAUUAUUAUUAUUAUUAUUAUUAUUAUUAUUAUUACGUUCUUUGUUCACGUAAGAAGGUAGGAAGUUUUCACUCGGGAGUGCGCCCCGAUGAACGAGCGAGUUGCCCAAUGAGACUCAAGAGGGACGGAGCGAGAGUCUCGUACGUUGCGUGAUGAAGCUCGGAGGUGAAUAUUAUUUUUUAUGUAAGCUAUUUAUAUAAACGAUCAUACGUAAAACGAAGACAAGACGGAGUCCCGAGGAGUUGAACGGCCCACUACCGACGACGAUUCCCCCCUGUAUUAUUACUGUUACGUAAGGACCAAGCGGAUGAACGCGCGCGCGAUUAUCCUGGUCGCGAGAGGACGAAAUAAUCCAUCGCGAGAGCGCUUGUCCAGAUAAAUCGUCGUUCCGCGAGUUCCGUGCGAUAAGCGUUUCGCACAAUCGCCUCGCUCCCGAGGAUCGGUCCUCCCGUUAUGGCGGAAUGUCGCGUGAAGCACGACAUCGCGCGCGCGUUUCUAAUCGUGGCGCCUUAUCGGCGCAAGGUGGAUGUCCUAGAUGCUCGCAGGAAUGCGGGAGCGGCGGCGGCGGCGGCGGCGGCGGAGGGAGCCGGGACGUAAAAUAAAGGAUCCCAGGACCAUCGGUUGGCAAAGGACGGAAGACGGGGGUGUGAGGCCCGUGCGACGGGUGACACAAGGGUGAGGACGAGCGGGAUAAAGCCCGCGGCGAGGGGGGGGGGACGCUGGAGGUCAGACACGCGCGAGUGUACCGCGGAAAUGUUGCGGGGCAACGCGCGCGCAGCACCCUUUUCGCGGCGUUCCCCGUCGCCGUCGCCCCGUCAUUGUCGCCGACGUCCUCUCGUCUCUUCGGGGUGAAACGUUUUCGUAUCGUUCGUGCCGCCUGAUUCUCUCCUCUGCGCGACCGCGCGACGAUCGGCCGCUCGACUCGCGCCCGACGUUCCCGUCGACCUGUCCGGGCGGUCGACGCUGCUGAAAAAGCGCGUUUCCGCGAGCAGCAGGAGGACAGCGGAGAGAAGAGGGGAGAAAGAGAGAAAAAGAAAGAGAGAGAGAAAGAAAGAGAGAGAGAGAGAGAGAGAGAGAGAGACGUUUCACGCGCCCUGGAUUCGUGCUCCCGCUAUAGAUUCCGUUCCGCUCGGAGAGUAGCGCUCCUUCUCUCUCUUUCUCUCUCUCUCUCUCUCUCUCUCUUCCUCUCUCCCUCCGCCGCACGCACCCACGUACGUACGCCGCGCUCGAGAGCCGCCCCCGUACCCUCCGCAGCUCCCCUCGGCAUCCCUCGGCGUUUCCAACGGAAAGAGGGGUGAAUCGUAGGCGCGCGCGCGCGCGUAAGUGCAGCGCGCGUGUGCGCGCGCGGUGCGCGUUGCACCUAUACGGCUCACACGGCAUGCACUUGUACCUUACGCGCGUUUCCCUCCACUCGUGCGUGACAGAAGUGUCGGUACACACGAGGUGGAUGGUAGAGGCUACUCCAAGGGUUUCCGUUUAU